CUUCUACGUCUCAGCCAUGUGAGAUAUGCCUCGGUCCAUGAGCUUUCUAUUCCCAGAUUCUUUUCCCUCUUUUUCUCUCUCUUGAUAUGGAGAUAUUAUCAGGCAUCCCAUUGCAUUGCAUCCCCGAAGCUUCAUUUCUCUUCCAGUCUCUCUCUGUAUACAGAUGUUAUUGUUGAAAAGAAUCCCCAGGGAAAAAGAUGGGGUGCACUUAUUCUGUGUACGGACUUGGGAGGAAAAAGAAGCUGAGUAUCCCGGAAGUGGUGGUAUAUGUUCCUUCUAUGAGAAUUCCAGCACAAUGUGAUCUCCAAAGAGCGCUCAAGGGUCUAAUUCCUCGUGAUCUUAUCGACAGAUUAUCUUGUCUAAGGAAUCGGAUUGCGUUAAUUGCAGAGGAUACUGGUGGAUCUGCUAUUACUGAAUUGCGGCAGGCACUGGAGGAGUACUUGUCAAUUCUAAUUGGACUUACUAAGAAAGAACAUGGUCUUGAGGACUUGGUGGAAUUCAAGUGGAAAAAUUUAGAAGACGGACGACAAGAGACUUGUGUAGCAAAUGCCUGGUUUGAAUUGUUAUCUGUUGUUCACAUGAUGGCUAUGCUCACAUUAUCUGAGGCUGAUACGCUUAUGAUCCCCAAGGAUUAUUCUGGUUCUGGCUUUAGGGUCGUAUCUACAGCAGAUUGCAAGAGGGAUGCUGUUGAUUUAUUACUUAAGUCAGCAGGGUACUUGGAAUUUGGUGUCCGGAAUGUACUCAGUCGCAUACCAGCAGAAAUCAAGAAAAGUUUGUCAAAGGAUUUGCAGGAUGGUGUACUAGAGGCUAUUGCUAUCCAAGCAUUGGCCCAGGGAACUGAAAUACAGCUUGGUUUAGCAGUUGAAAGUCAAAAGGCCACGCUAUCAGUGAAGAGGAGGUUGGCCUGUGAACAGCUCAUUUAUUACAGUCAGGCUUAUCAAUGCUUGUCUGGAUGUGACUUAGGUCAUGGAUAUGGAAAGAAACACACGUGGUUCAUCAAGUGGAAAUUCCUUGAAUCAAAGGCUGCUGCUUACUACUACCAUGGUCUGGUCCUGGACAAGAGUAAUGAACCAACCUGCCAUAUUAGUGCUGUAUGCUGUUUUCUAGCUGCACAAGAACUACUUGUAGAGAGCAAGAAAGCCUGCAUAAGCUUUUGCCUUUCAGCUCCAGUAACCAGGUUGGUUUUGAUCUUAGGAUACGAAAAUCGUCAACUGUUAUGGUAUUGUCUCUGGUCAAUCUUUUCAAAUCUAAUUCUUUUUCUUUUUUGGUGGAAAAGGGCUCCUCCACUUUGGGGAGUUAUGAAGCAUUUACACCAGAAAAUACCUGAAGUCGCAUCAAGGAAAUCUCAGAUGUAUGGCUACCUCUUAGAACAAGAGAAGGCUCUCCAAUCAUUACCUGACCUACCAGAUUUCCAACUAUCACUGAGACCUGAUGACUAUGAAUUACCUGGAAUUGAUCCAGCGUGGGAUUGUGAAAAGUGGGAAAACCAGAGCCAGUCCCUGAAAGAGCAUCUCAAAGACUGCGAGGAUGAGAUGGAAAAAGAAUGAAAAGAAUCUUACAGCCUUUCUCAUCAUAUCUUCCUGCAAAACUAGUUAACAUUCUUAUACAAAUCUUAUCUAAUAUAGUAAGACAGAUAGUCACAAGCAACGAUUGUUAAAGUGUUGCUUUCCUAUUGAUCAUUAGCAUUGGUUUCACGA